AUGAAUCUCCUGAGAACCAUCAGCCGUCGGCCGACCUUAGCCUCCGUCAACAUCAGGUACCACAAGACGGUUGGCCAUAGGCUGCGUGACAUAAUAGAAUGGGUUAGUAACCUCGUACACCCCUUCGUGAAACACUUCUUCCCGAACUUCAUCGCUGUUCACUACUUCUACAUUAUAUCACUGACUCUACUGGCUUCGAUUCUAAUGUAUCCAGUGAAGAAUUUUGCAUACAUUGAUAUUCUUUUUACAGCUGCAGGUGCUGCAACACAAGGUGGGCUGAAUACAAUAAACGUAAACGACAUGUCAUUGUAUCAGCAAAUAGUAAUAUAUGUCAUUUGCUUUCUCACCACGCCAAUAUGGAUACAUGGUGGACUAGCAUUUGUAAGACUUUACUGGUUUGAGAGGUAUUUUGAUGGGAUUAAAGACUGGUCGAAAAGAAAUUUCAAGAUGAGACGGACCAAGACACUUAUCCAGAGAGAAUUAUCACGCACUAUGUCGUCAGGAGCAAACAGGUUUAGUAAUUCUAAUAAGGCCGAUAAUGACUUCCAGUCUAAACUAUUCAGCGGACAAAUGGUUAACAGAGAGGAGACAGAGAACAACGACAAUUAUGAAAUGCAACCCAUUCAGGAACAAGAUAAAACUAAUAUGCAUAAAGAUACCCAUACAAGUUCUUCCAUGGACACCUCCAAAAGCAGUUCAGAUGAUUCCCCUGUAAUACGAUUUGGAAACAUGCCUAAGCCAGAGAAAGUUACGAAGAGUCCAACCAAUAAAGAGCACUUUAAGGGAAGAAGGCGAUCGCGAGACAUCAGCCCUGCUGAUAUGUACCGGUCCAUUUCCAUGCUCCAAAACAGACAUAAAGGAGAACAUGAAAACGAGGGCCCUGCACUGGUGAUUAGUGGUCCGGCAGAGAGAAGACAUGACCCAGAUGAGGAGGUAGAAGCAUCAAUUAAAUCGAAUCCCUUGAUAAAUCAUCAAGAUACACACCAACUAUCUUCAUUAACAGAAAACAGCACUACUAUUCAAGAUGAGAGUGAUGAUGAUUCUCUAAAACAGUCGGAUAUCCAAAGCCCUCGGACGUACGGGAAACCCUCAGAAAUAAGCUUCUCCACGCAAUCGCCGCCUAUCGAAAAGCAUUUAAAGAAUAGUGGCCCUUCUAUACAAUUUGACAUUAAAAAACCCCCUUCUACUUUGAAGAGGAAUAAUACCGCAGGUUCGAGCAUUUAUAAACGACGGAGGAGAAAGUUAAGGCCAAGACUUUUUCGUCGAUUGCCUUCUUCUGAUCAACUUAAACAACGUCUGAGACGAUUUACGAACGAUUCUGAUGACGACGGAAAUGACGCAGAUCUUGAAGAAGACUCAAAUGAGAGUGACGAAGGUGUUUGGGAUGAUCAAAGAAAGCACAAACCUACCAAUGAACCUGAAUUAGGAGAAAUGUCCCCUCUUGAAAAGGCGCAAUCAAAUCUUGCCCUUCCUUCGAAGGAUGCCACGGGAGGUCUAAAAUUUAGCAAGCGUUCAAACACUUUGGAAACCCCAAGCAAUCCUGACUUUAACUCAUUAACUGAGUCACCAAGCUUUCAAAAAAUGAUAUAUAAGAAGUGGAAGGACGAACGCAGGAGGAACAGGCGGUUCAGACCUUCUGCAUACAUUCAUCCGAGUUUGGCUCAUAGUACAGGUGAACUAAGUCAUUGGACGUCGUCGCGCCACAGGAGGACACCAACAGUAAAUACUAUUUCCCCCGAUAGGCCUGUGGAUGCGAAUAAUGAUGAAGAAGAAAGCUAUUUUGGAUUAACAUUCGAUCAUGACGAGAGAUCGAAACUAAAGAGAAUGAUGAGCACAAAUUAUUUAUCCUAUCAACCGAGAAUCGGUCGUAACUCCACAUUUGUGGGGUUAAAUGAUUCCCAAAAAGCCGAAUUGGGUGGAGUCGAGCAUCGUGCCAUUAAGUUACUUUGUCGAUUGUUACUUAUUUAUUAUUUUGGCUUUCAUCUUAUGGGGAUUGUGAUGAUAGUACCAUGGAUCAGUAAAAUGAAUAAUUAUAAAACUCUCGUUAGAGAAGAUGGCGUGUCACCAGGUUGGUGGGGAGUAUUCACGUCAAUGAGUGCGUUUAACGAUCUCGGCUUAACAUUAACACCAGAUUCCAUGCUUUCAUUUAAUAAAGCUAUUUAUCCACUCAUAACUAUGAUGUGGUUUAUUAUUAUAGGAAACACGGGAUUUCCUAUUUUGCUCAGAUUUAUUAUAUGGAUUCUCUUCAAACUUUCUUCUGAUCUCUCUCUUUUCAAAGAGUCACUAGGAUUUUUAUUGGACCAUCCGAGGCGUUGCUUCACGUUACUAUUUCCAAGUGCACCUACGUGGUGGCUACUACUCAUUCUCGUGGUUCUUAAUGUAACCGAUCUAAUUUUGUUCAUUGUUCUGGAUUUAAAUUCGAAAGUCGUAGAAGGGCUGACUAGCGGAUUUAAGGUCUUGGAUGGUCUAUUCCAGGCAGUAAGCACCCGUACCGCUGGUUUUACGGUACUAAACUUGAGUCAACUACAUCCCUCUGUACAGGUUUCUUACAUGCUGAUGAUGUAUGUUUCGGUUUUACCAUUAGCAAUUUCGAUUAGGAGGACCAAUGUUUACGAGGAGCAAUCUCUGGGUAUAUAUGGAGAGGAUGGCGAGGAAGCUCGUGAGGAGAACUCGGAGUUUGAAAGGAAAAUGGAUCACAGUGCCAGGUCUUUCAUAGGCGCUCACCUUCGGAGACAGCUUUCCUUUGACUUGUGGUUUUUGUUUUUAGGACUUUUCAUUCUGUGUAUUAGUGAGGGACCGAAAAUCAAAGAUCCAAAGGAACCAGAUUUCACAGUGUUUCAAGUUCUUUUCGAGGUUGUAAGCGCCUAUGGUACCGUGGGGUUGUCGUUAGGGUACCCCAAUACGGAUCAGUCAUUCUCUGCCCAAUUCAAUACCUUUUCGAAGCUAGUAAUAAUAGCUAUGCUUAUUCGAGGCCGGCACAGAGGAUUACCUUAUUCCCUUGAUCGUGCUAUCAUUCUUCCCAGUGACAAAAUGGAAGAAAGAGAUCAUUUGGAAGAUCUCAAAAUGCAUAAUAAUGACACUGAUAACAAGGACCCUAUUUUGAGCUACUUGAGAAAUUACGCUGACUCGAUUGGCGAUGGUCUCAGAUCAAUGUUCCGCGCAAAUUCUAAUAGACAUAGGAACGAAGAUGAGGAAAGUCGGUUGAAUCAAGAGAGCCGCUUGGAUGAGGAGAGUGGCUUAAAUGAGGAACGUGACUCCGACCCGGAAUCGUAUCGCAACUCUACAUUUGAUCAUUCAUACUCCGUACGGUCACCUGAAAGACAGUGUGGCAGUAGUGUUGAAGACCAACACUCCGUUUCGCCGCGAGCUGGAAGUGUUCUUCACUCGUCUCUCCAUUCAACUCAGAACGGCCAACUAAGUUCCGACGAUGAACAAUCAAGCAUCCCGUCCCACACACCAUUCGGCAUUGACAGAAGGUCUCAAACUCCAUAG